AUGGACACCUUCCUCGCAAACCUGCAUAGCAAGGUGACUACCGCCUACCACGCCCAGGGCACACCCCUCGGAUCCGCCGAGAACAGCACCCCUCCCUCCAUCGACGAGAAAUUUCCACAAGAAUUCACCUUCCCGUCGAGCCGACAGCCCGCACCAGAAUUCCGCCACCGCGCUCUCGCGCUCACGGCAGCGAUACUGGGGUAUACGCUCUUCGCCUACGACAACACCGUCAUCGCCAACGUGCGGCCGAGAAUCGUGCAAGAUCUAGGCAAUACCGCUGACCUCCCUCUCCUCUCGGUGGCGUACAACCUGGCUAUCUUCUCUGCGAACCUCUUCUGGGGCCAGUUGUACCGGAGCUUCGAUGCGAAAUGGCUAUUCUGCGCUGCGGUGCUGGUGUUCGAGAUGGGAACGGCGGUUUGUGGUGCUGCGCCGAGUAUUGGGGCGUUGGUUGGUGGACGGGUGAUUGCUGGGUUGGGAGGUGGAGGGAUUUAUCUUGGGACGAUGACGUUUGUGACAGCGAUGACGAGUGGGGGGGAGAGGCCGAAGUGGUUGGCGUUGGUUGGGGUUGGGUAUGCGGCGGGUUUGAUCGCAGGUCCAGUCAUCGCAGGCGCAUUCGCGGCAAGCGACCCUACCUGGCGCUGGAGCUUCUACCUCUUGCUUCCAAUCGGCGCUGUCCUGGCUGCUGCAUACCUCUUCCUGCUGCCUAGUCUCCACCCACCAGACGGCGAGCGCGGCGGUAGUCGACUCCGACGGAUCGACUAUCUCGGGUUCCUCUUCUUCACCACGGCCGUGGUUGGCUUCAACCUCUUCCCAGCGUUUGGUGGCUCGGAGUACAGCUGGUCGUCUCCCCAGGUGGUUGGACUUGCGGUCUGCUUCGCUAUCGUUGUCGUGGCUUUUGCCGCGCAGCAGUAUUUCUGCCUGCUGACCUCUCGCACCAACCGUUGCUUCCCAGGUCACUUGCUGGGUUGGUGGGAGAUGUGUCUGCAGUGGGCUGCCAUGUGCAUGGUUAUGUUGAGCAUGUACGUCCCGCUCUACACCAUCCCACUGCAUCUCCACGGUGUCAAGCUGGUGCCGUACGUCGGGACCAUGGUCGUGGCACUGCUGGCGAGCGGCGGACUCAUGCGCAAGCAUCCGUUCUACAUGGCCUACUUCCUGGUGGGCGGUCUGUUGAUCGUGGCUGGCGGGGUCCUACUGCAUUUCGCAACCCUGAAACGUGGCGACGGGUAUCUGCUCGGUGUCAGCGUGCUGGUUUCUGCUGGUUGCGGCAUAUGCGGACAGACGGCUUUCUCAGUCGCCCAGUGCAAGGUCAAGAAAUCAGAAGACAUUCCCGCCGCGACAACAUUCAUCGGCACAGCGCAAGUCGGCGGCGUUUCGAUUGGACUCGUGACUUCAAACUCGAUCUUCGUCAAUCUGGCGACUAAUCGCUUAGUCGACAUCUUUCCUGACUCGCCGCGGAACGAGGUGGUGAAUGCAGUGACAGGAGCGGACUCGUUGCUGCUCGAGACGCUGGCUCCCGCAGCACGUCGGCAUGCGCUUGAGCUUGUGAAGUCCGCGGUUCAGGAUGUGUAUUGGCUCGUGGUGGGCAGCGGGGUCGUGCUGGUUGUGUUGGCGCUUUGUAUGAAGAGAGAGCGGCUGUCGUGA